AUGAAGCUCUUCCGGCCCAAGGCCAAUGGGGCCGCCACCUCAACGCCUGCCCCGGCCCCCGUCAAGAAGGACCCCCAGACUCCGCAGAUGUCCCCGCUUGAAAAGAGGCUCCAAGAUUUAGGUCCGAUUCGUGGCGAUGGCAGCGACAAGUUCUUUGGCAUGGAAAACUACGGAAAUACGUGUUACUGCAAUUCGAUCCUCCAAUGUCUCUACUACUCCGUCCCCUUCCGCGAAGCCGUCAUAAAUUAUCCACAACGCACUCCCUUGGAAAGUCUCGAGGCCGCCCUCGCUCAGAACUUGCGAUUUCAGAACCCCAACGCACAUCUAGAGGCCGAGGCCCUGGCAGCGAAACAAAAGGCCGCUGCUCCGGCGCCAUCAUCGCGUGGUGCGGGAGUUCCUUCCAACCAGCCGCAGAAACCGGAGGAUAAGGAUUCACCGGAAUAUAAGAAGAAGGUUGCUCUACAGACGAUGCCGAUCCUCGAGACCAAGAACAACGCCCCCAGCUAUGGCAUGUCGGAGUCUUUAUUCACCUCGCUCAAGGAUAUCUUUGAGUCGCUGGUGGCAAGUCAAUCACGAAUCGGAAUCAUUCGCCCCCAACAAUUUCUAGACGUACUACGACGUGAAAACGAAAUGUUUCGGACGCCUAUGCACCAGGAUGCGCACGAGUUUCUAAAUCUCUUGCUGAACGAGGUGGUGUCCAAUGUGGAGGCGGAGGCCACCAAGCAGAGUUUCGCGGAGAAAUCACUUCCACCAUCCGAGAGUGCAGAUUCGCUAGGCAUGUUGACGACCAGUACCGGCUCGAAAUCUCCGAAUACAACAAGAUGGGUGCAUGAACUUUUUGAAGGAACCUUGACGUCAGAGACCAAGUGUCUGACCUGCGAGAAGGUCUCGCAGCGCGAUGAGGUGUUUUUAGAUCUCUCGGUCGAUUUAGAGCAGCACUCAUCGGUAACAUCCUGCCUUCGGAAGUUUUCCGCUGAGGAGAUGCUCUGCGAGCGUAAUAAGUUCCACUGCGAUAACUGCGGCGGUCUCCAGGAAGCCGAAAAGCGAAUGAAGAUCAAGCGCCUACCCCGGGUGCUGGCACUGCAUCUGAAGCGUUUUAAGUAUACAGAAGAUCUGCAACGACUACAAAAGUUGUUCCACCGCGUUGUCUACCCCUACCAUCUCCGACUGUUCAACACUACCGACGAUGCGGAAGACCCCGAUCGCCUCUAUGAGCUCUACGCGGUAGUCGUUCACAUUGGCGGCGGACCUUAUCACGGCCACUACGUUGCAAUAAUCAAAACGGAAGACCGGGGGUGGUUGCUUUUUGAUGAUGAACUCGUGGAACCGGUGGAUAAGAACUACGUACGGAACUUCUUUGGUGAUCGACCUGGCCUUGCAUGCGCCUAUGUUCUCUUCUAUCAGGAGACGACUCUUGAGGCCGUUCUUCGGGAACAAGCUCAGGAAGACCAGGCAAAUGCGGCUACUGAUUCGGGAGAGUCAACUAAGACCAACGGAUACCCCUUGUCACCUAACCUAGUCCACGUCAACAGCGCAUCUCAGGUGCCUUCUGAUGAUCAAAACCGACUUCCUCCUAUCCAGAAAACGUCAACAGCACCCCAAAUGAUGCCCACUCACCACGAAGGUCCUGAGUUAGAACCCGCGCCAGCCCCAGCAGUUCAGCCGCCUCUACCCCCCAUUCCUGACGAGCAGCCGCCUCCCCUGAGCCCAAAGAAGAGUGAUGUUGCCGCCAAGAAGGAAAAGGCACGUCUCAAGGCGGAGGAGAAAGAGAGGGAGAAGGCCGAAAAGAUUCGCCGCAAAGAGGCCGAUCACCAACGCCAACUAGAGGCCCAGCGCGAAGCUGAGGAAUUCCGAAUGGCUAUCGAAAGAAGCAAAGCCGACGCGAAUGAUGUUGGAGCCGAGAAUGGCUCCCCUAAGAAAUCGUUCGGCUUUUUAAGGCGCGGGAGCCGGAAUCUCAGUCAACGACUGAGCAAGGAUAAAGAGCCCAGGUUGUCGACCUCAGAUCUGGCAGCCACUCCAUUACAUGAAACGCCCAGUAGCACUAACGCGAGCACUACCACUACUACCACCACCACUUCUGCCGCUCCCACUCCCGCUCCCACUCCCGCUCCCACUUCCACUCCUGUUACCGCUCCUGUUGUUGGCUCUCCUCCUACCACCACCAAAACCGAGCCUGAACGGCCGGCCGUGCCAACCAAGGAUACAAACAACGUCCACAAUCCCAAAAUGUCUUCCCGAACAGGCCCACCGCCGGCGAAAGACAACAAGACCGAGAAAACCGGUCAUACUCACCGUUGGAGAUCACUCAGCUUCAAACGAACGACAUGA